AAGGUGAGUCCCGAUAACUAUAUUAAAAUAACAAAAAAAAGCAGACCUUCAAUGUCAGCAUCAAUCUUUGGCCACACCUCAUCCUACUAUCUUUGUCUUCAUUCACCCCUCUCUCUUCAUAUAAUCUAACUCAGCUCACAAUUAUCCCAUCAUCCGAUCCAACUCAGCGAAUCUAACUCGCUGAUCCAGCCAUGUCUGAUUUAGUCAUAGAACAAGCCGUUGAGGUACCUUACAGAAUUUUAGCUGAGAAAGGAGUUGAAAGCAAUCCAAGCGACGCCGUUUUGUUCUUCGGGUUGAGUUUAGUGCUCGGAAUUGCGUGUAGGCAUCUGUUGCGUGGUACCAGAGUUCCUUAUACCGUUGCUCUUCUAGUUAUCGGCAUUGCUCUCGGUUCCUUAGAAUAUGGCACACAUCAUCGACUGGGAAAGUUUGGUGAUAGCAUUCGUAUCUGGGCACUUAUUGAUCCGGACCUUCUCCUGGCGGUUUUCCUCCCUGCCCUUCUUUUUGAGAGUUCAUUUUCAAUGGAAAUGCACCAAAUCAAGAAAUGUAUUGCACAAAUGCUUAUACUUGCCGGUCCAGGAGUUCUUAUCUCAACAUUCUUUCUUGGAUCCGUCUUGAAGCUCAUUUUUCCGUAUAACUGGGACUGGAAAACGUCAUUGUUGCUUGGUGGACUUUUGAGUGCCACUGAUCCCGUGGCUGUUGUUGCUCUGUUAAAAGAGCUUGGUGCAAGCAAAAAAUUGAGUACAAUAAUUGAAGGGGAAUCCUUGAUGAAUGAUGGGACAGCAAUUGUGGUCUAUCAGUUAUUCUAUCGUAUGGUCCUUGGGGAGAGCUCUAAUGGGGGGAUGAUAGUCAGAUUUCUGGCACAAGUCUCACUUGGAGCUGUAGGAAUUGGUGUUGCUUUUGGAAUUGCUUCUGUUCUGUGGCUUGGGUUUAUUUUUAAUGACACAGUGAUAGAGAUUGCACUGACACUUGCUGUGAGCUAUAUUGCAUAUUUCACUGCACAGGAGGGUGCCGGCGUUUCUGGAGUUUUGGCAGUAAUGGCUUUAGGAAUGUUUUAUGCUGCAGCUGCCAGGACUGCUUUCAAGGGUGAUGGGCAGCAGAGCUUGCACCAUUUUUGGGAAAUGGUUGCUUAUAUUGCAAAUACUUUAAUCUUCAUAUUGAGUGGUGUUGUUAUAGCCGAAGGUGUUCUCAGCAAUGAUGAUAUCUUUCAUAACCAUGGAAAUUCUUGGGGAUACCUAUUUCUUCUUUAUGUUUCUGUGCAAGUAUCUCGUUUUGUAGUUGUUACAGUAUUGUUUCCAUUUCUACAAUAUUUUGGUUAUGGUUUGGAUUGGAAGGAAGCUAUUAUUCUCAUAUGGUCAGGAUUGCGAGGCGCUGUUGCCUUGUCACUUUCACUAUCUGUUAAGCGCACUAGCGACAGCUCAAAGUACAUAAGUCCUGAUACAGGAACUUUGUUUGUUUUCUUCACUGGUGGAAUCGUAUUCCUGACACUUAUUGUGAAUGGAUCAACUACACAGUUCAUUUUGCGUCUUCUUGAUAUGAAUAAGCUAUCUUCAGCAAAGAAACGCAUAUUGGACUACACGAAGUAUGAAAUGUUGAACAAAGCAUUAGCAGCUUUUGGUGAACUAGGAGACGAUGAAGAACUUGGACCUGCUGAUUGGCCUACUGUCAAACGAUACAUUCCAAGCUUGAAUAAUUUGGAAGGAAAACAUGAGCAUCCUGCUGAAUCUGAAGAAGAUCUCGACCCAACAAAGUUGAAGGAUAUACGGAUACGGCUUCUAAAUGGAGUCCAAUCUGCUUAUUGGGGAAUGCUUGAAGAGGGAAGGAUAACCCAGAUGACUGCAAAUGUAUUGAUGCAAUCCGUAGAUGAAGCAAUCGACAUGGCUUCCCAUGAGCCUUUAUCUGAUUGGAAGGGAUUAAAGGAUAACGUUCAUUUCCCAAGUUAUUAUAGGUUUCUUCAAGCAAGCAUAGUCCCACGGAAACUCGUUACUUAUUUUAUUGUAGGGAGACUGGAAUCUGCAUGUUACAUUUGUGCUGCAUUUUUACGUGCACACAGAAUUGCACGACGGCAACUGCAUGACUUUAUAGGUGAUAGUGAAGUUGCUUCCUUAGUCAUUACUGAAAGUGAGGCAGAAGGAGAAGAAGCAAGAGAAUUCCUGGAAGAUGUUCGUGCUACGUUUCCUGAGGUGCUACGUGUUGUAAAAACCAGACAAGUAACUUAUUCAGUUCUGAAUCAUUUAAGUGAUUAUGUCCAAAAUCUUGAAAUGGUUGGGCUGUUGGAAGAAAAGGAGAUGCUUCACCUUCAUGAUGCUGUCCAAACCGACUUAAAAAGACUUCUAAGGAAUCCACCCAUAGUCAAGAUUCCUAAAAUAACUGAUUUGAUUAACAUGCAUCCUUUGUUGGGGGCACUUCCUUCUACAUUGCGUGAACCACUUGAAGGUUAUAGCAAAGGAACAAUGAAAUCACGUGGUGUCCCAUUGUGCAAAGAGGGUACCAAGCCAAGUGGUAUUUGGCUUAUUUCUAAUGGUGUUGUCAAGUGGAGAAGCAACAGUAUAAGGAACAAGCACUCUUUGCACCCAACUUUUACACAUGGGAGCACAUUGGGGAUAUAUGAAGUGCUUGUUGGGAAGCCUUACAUCUGUGACAUAAUAACAGAUUCUGUGGUGCUCUGCUUUUUUAUUGAUAGCGACAAAAUACUAUCAGCAUUAAAGUCAGACCCUGCAGUAGAAGACUUCCUGUGGCAGGAAAGUGCCAUCAUAUUGGCCAAAAUUUUGCUUCCUCAAAUGUUUGAAAAGAUGUCUAUGCAAGAUAUGAGGACUCUUGUUGCAGAAAGAUCGAUACUGCACAUAUACAUAAGGGGAGAAACAAUAGAAGUACCUCACCAUUCUGUUGGCUUUCUGUUAGAAGGAUUUGUGAAGGUCCAUGGUUUUCAAGAAGAAUUGAUUACAUCACCUGCAGCACUGUUGCCUCCAUAUAGAAAUCAGAGCUCUAAUGCACAUGGAACUCAAAACAUUAAGAAUGAAGAAAUAACAGGUGGCAGGACAGCCAGUUUCUCUCACGGUAAAUCAUUAUAUCAAGUUGAGACGAGAGCAAGAGUAAUAAUUUUUGACAUUGCAGCAUUGGAAGCUGAUAUUCCUCUGCAGAGAAAAUCGUCCUCUUUCGUAUCUCAUACAGGUGAUCAUCCUCUUAGAUAUGGAAGCAGAGAUCAUGCCCUUAUGAGUUGGCCUGAAAAUUUCUGCAAGAAAAAAUCUAUCGAGCAGAACCUUAAUAAUGUACAAGCAAAAAGCUUGUCUGAAAGAGCAAUGCAGCUGAGCAUCUAUGGUAGCAUGGUUGAUGUGCAACGGCGAACGAACCCUUCUUCAGGCAAUCUAGUGGACCGGUCAAACAGCAUGUCAUUUUCAAAAGGAGACGCAUCAAACCAUGGUCGUCCUCUUCUUUCUGUUAAAUCGGAGGGAAAUGCUACUCUAAAGAAGAACAUACAGGUGAGAAAUGUGACAUGGAAAGUUCCGACUCCUCCAAAGCCGAGUACUGCCACAAAUGAUGGUCACUCUAGUGAUGAAUCCGGUGCUGAAGAUGAGGUUAUUAUCAGAAUUGACUCGCCGAGUUGUCUUUCUUUUCAGCAUACUUCUUAAAUCUGAAUUAUCAACUAUCACGAUUGUAUGUAUUGCUUUGUUCAUAUGAAUUUUGGUGUUCCUAUGUUAGACAUCUAUAUGUAUAACUUAUAUUUUUGCGUUUUGGCUACGCUGAACUAUUUAUUA